AUCUUCAGAUCCUCUGCGUACAGGUUGGAUUCCCACGUAAUUAAAGCUACUGUUUGGUUCACGGUCCGGCUCCUCCCCUUCACCAGGGUGUUGUCAGGGAUUAAAGCCUGCUGUGUCAUUUUAUCUCCUAGCUGCCGGACAAGGUGGUUGUCGUCGUCCCAGGAUGAUGGAGGCUCAUCAGCCGGCCGGCGGACAGCACGAUGCUUUUACAUGGUUCGCACAGUCGCAGGCGCAGUGUGUGAUCGGGAACGGCGUUGUCCCAGAGUGGUUUCACGGGGUCAUUCCCAGGAAGGUUUCAGAAGAACUGCUGCUGCCCAAGCCUCCUGGAUACUUCCUGAUCCGAGUGAGCCAGAGCCGGGUCGGCUACACGCUCUCAUACCGCGCUGCAGACAGCUGCAGGCAUUUCAUGAUCGACGUACUGGGGGACGGCCAGUACGUCAUCAUUGGGGAGAACAGGAGCCACCGGUGUCUGCAGGACCUCGUGGACUUUCACCGCAGGCAACCCAUCAAGCCGUACACUGAGGUGCUGACGGUUCCGUGUGGACAGUCUUCGAGUGACAAGAACGACUACGCAGAGCUCCUGUUUCCCAAAAGAGCCGGUCAGGAGCACCUCCCGCCUGCGCUCCCUCAUCGGCCAAACACGCUGUCGACCUCUGCUCCUCUGCCUCCGGGCUCCCAAACGCACAGACUUUAUCCAAAUCUGGAUGUUGAUUUUAAGGAUGUCACCUCCCACAGUCCUGCUAAGCCUGUGCCAAAGGCCAGGAAGGAACACACAGUCGAGGAUGCUCAAACCCACACGCCGCCUGAAGUCCCUGCUCGCAACCUUGGACCUCUGACUCAGAACCAGGCUUUUAUCAGAACAGCCUCUGGACCCACGGCUAACGAUGCGGCACCCGGUGCCAGCCUCCUUCCCACAAAGACCCAGGACGUAAAGCACUCGGUCAUCAGCAACCUGAAGAACCUCAAGAAGAAAUUCCAAAAGAACCGAAGCGCGUCACAGGAGAAUACUUACACCGAGAUCAGCGUGGAGGCGACCAGCAACGUGUACCAGGAGAUCCCAAGGCGGCACGAGGACGGUGAUGAGGAGGAUGAGGCACAUUCCUACAUUAACACUGAUGUGACAGUGACUGACAGAGCUUUGCCUCCAGAGUACCAGCCUCCACCUCCUUUUGCCCCAGGCUACUGAGAGGCCUGCACAGCUGUUUAAUGCAGAGAUGGAGCACUUUAGCUGUUAUGUGGGAUAAAAUUCUUUCAUUAUGUCAUAGUAAGAAUAAUAAUUAUUCUAAUAUAAAUAAUUGUGCCUGUCGUGUCUGAGGACACUUGACCGCGUGUGUAGCAUGGAGGAACAGGGAGUCAAACCACUGACUGUGGGCGUUGUACACUACUGCUCUUAGCUUAGCACUAGCCUGAAAACAGCUGACCUGCUAACCUGGUUCAGUUCUAGGCCCAUAGCUACUGUAUAGCUGCUAACUAAAUGUUUAUUCUAUCUAAAACUUAAAGUAUGAAAACAAUGGGCCGAACUGCUACAUAUCAGCCUUGUAGAAACUGGCUGGUCCGGCUUUUCUCAGUUGCGUUGUGUUUCACGUGCCUCGUGCAGGAGGAAGUUUCACGUCGCAUAUGCAAAUCAGAAAUCAAAUGAUUAGUGUCAACACCUCUGCAAACAAGGGGGCGGCCACAGGCAUUUCUGACGCUCCACCGUCAGCUGACAGAUGGCGAAACCAGAGAGCUACUGGUUAAACUGGUGGAACAGGUGGAAUUUUACACAGCAGUUACACACUUUUUGCACAGGGCUGAGUUAUUUUGCCAAAUGCACCAUUUCACUAGAAGCAAUUUACUGGUGUUGUUUCAUGCCUUUAGAAUAUGUGGACAAGUAGAGCACAGCCUUUAGACUCAGACUCUCGUGUUUGAUGACGAGACAAUAUUUUAUGACUGUUGUUUGCAGUUCUCAGUUUACCAGCACAUUUACUCUGUGUAUAACAUCAACAGCAACAUUAUUUACCUCUACUUGAUGUUUCCUGUUUCUGCUCUACUUCUGUUCACUUUCCUCUUCCUCCCUCGCUGCACUUCUCACCCUGAACUUUACACGUAUUACUGUACAUCUGUGAGGCGAUGUCGGCCCCUCCAGCCUUUCUUGACUCAUUCCAUUCAAAACAUUCUUAUUAAAAGACUUCAUUUGCAAAGAUUAA